AUGUGUGGGGUUUAUUGGACUGUGAAGGGUUGCGUUGGCGCGAGGGCUUGGAAAUUUCUUGGUGACAUGGGAUGGUGUUGGAGUGGUGAUGUGAUGGCUUGGGUUUUUGGGCUUGGUGUCUUGUUUUUGCAGGAUUGUAAUGAUGGAGUUGAGCAGGGAAUGAGUGUUUGCGCAAUAGAUGAUGAAAUGUAUGCAUGUGGGCGGUAUGAUGGCAUCACUUUGGGAGAUCGAUCGAUGAAAUCAAUGCAAUUGGACCACUUGACACUUGAGCUCGCACGUAAUUUUGUGAUUUGA